GCGCCCGGCGGGCGGGGACCGGGAAGGCCGCGAGGCCCGGCUGAGUCGAGGUUCCGAGUUUGCGGGUCCCAGGCCCGGGCCGAGCUCUACCCUGCAGGUCACUGGAGCCGCCAGCCGUUUGCAACUGAACUACUGCAGAAGGGGAAGUGGACAGUGAGGCCCAGGCCCCGUGGGGGCCGAUGGCCGGCAGAUGGCUGCAUCUGUGCCGGGUGCAGGGUUUGCUCUGUGUGCCGCUGAUGGUGGAGACAGUGUCUGGGGCCAGGGGCCUGUCUACAGGGGCCCACAUUAGCCCCCAGUUCCCAGCCUUAGGUGUGAACCAGACCCCCGUAAAAGACUGUCGCGACGUGUGUGGCCUGAAUGCCUCUGAGCGCUGCAGCUUCAUCCGGACCAACCCCGACUGCCGCAGCGGAGGGGGCUACUUGGACUACCUGGAAGGCAUCUUCUGCCACUUCCCUCCCUCCCUCCUCCCUCUGGCCGUCACCCUCUAUGUUUUCUGGCUGUUUUACCUGUUUCUGAUUCUGGGCGUCACCGCGGCGAAGUUUUUCUGCCCCAACUUGUCGGCCAUUUCCACCACCCUCAAGCUGUCCCACAACGUGGCAGGUGUCACCUUCCUGGCCUUUGGGAACGGCGCACCCGAUAUCUUCAGUGCCCUGGUGGCUUUCUCGGACCCACGCACAGCCGGCCUGGCCCUCGGGGCGCUGUUUGGUGCGGGCGUGCUGGUGACCACGGUGGUGGCCGGAGGCAUCGCCACCCUGCACCCCUUCACGGCUGCCUCUAGGCCCUUCCUCAGGGACAUCGUUUUCUACAUGGUGGCCGUGUUCCUGACCUUCACCGUGCUCUUCCGAGGCAGGGUCACGCUGGCGUGGGCCCUGGGUUACCUGGGCUUGUAUGCGUUCUAUGUGGUCACUGUGAUUCUCUGCACCUGGGUCUACCGAUGGCAGCGGAGAAGAUCUCUGGGCUACUCGGUGCCGGGGACCCCGGAGGUCCUCUCGGAUUCCGAGGAGGACCGGGCGUCUUCUAACACCAACAGCUAUGACUACGGGGAUGAAUACCGGCCGCUGUUGUACCAGGAGACCACGGCCGAGAUCCUGGCCCACGCCCUCAACCCCCUGGAUCUCAGGAAGUGGAGAAGCAAGUCCGCGUACUGGAGGGCCCUCAAGGUGUUCAAGUUGCCCGUGGAGUUCCUGCUGCUCCUCACCGUCCCCGUCGUGGACCCGGACAGGGACGACCGGAACUGGAAACGGCCCCUCAACUGCCUGCACCUGGUCGUCAGCCCCCUGGUCCUCGUCCUGACCCUGCAGUCGGGGGUCUAUGGCGUCUAUGAGAUCGGUGGCCUCCUUCCCGUCUGGGCCGUGGUGGUGAUCGCAGGCACGGCCUUGGCUUCGGUGACCUUCUUCGCCACAUCCAACCGCAAGCCCCCCAGGCUUCACUGGCUCUUUGCUUUCCUGGGCUUCCUGACCAGCGCCCUGUGGAUCAACGCGGCUGCCACAGAGGUCGUGAACAUCUUGCGGUCCCUGGGCGUGGUCUUCCGGCUGAGCAACACUGUCCUGGGGCUCACACUGCUGGCCUGGGGGAACAGCAUCGGAGAUGUCUUCUCAGAUUUCACACUGGCUCGCCAGGGCUACCCGCGGAUGGCAUUCUCGGCCUGUUUCGGUGGCAUCAUCUUCAACAUCCUCGUGGGCGUGGGGCUGGGCUGCCUGCUCCAGAUCUCCCGGAGCCACGUGGACGUGAAGCUGGAGCCAGACGGGCUGCUCGCGUGGGUCCUGGCCGGCGCGCUGGGGCUCAGCCUGGUCUUCUCCCUGGUGGCCGUACCGCUGCAGUGCUUCCAGCUCAGCAAGGUCUACGGCUUCUGCCUGCUCCUCUUCUACCUGAACUUCCUUGUCGUGGCCCUGCUCACUGAAUUCGGAGUGAUUCACUUGAGAAGCGUGUGACUGAAGCCGCCUGGCGGUGUAGCCUCCUGCGAGGGGAGGACUGGGGGCCGGAGCACCCUCCGCAGAGCCCGUGCACGCGGGUGGCUCCCGCUGCUUGCUGGCCGGAAGUCGCUGCUGUGAGCAGAGAGAACCGCUGCGUCCCUGCAGCUGCCAGCACCCCACAGGCCUCCUUGCCGGGACUUUGAAAACUGGGCUUUGCUCUGGACACGGGGUCCAGACAGAAGCUUUACGAGGCCUCCUCGAAUUAGCUCUGGAGCUCUCUGGGGAGGACGGGGUUGGGGAAGGGGAGGGCGGGCUGCCUUCCAGGCCGUGCUGGAACACCCCGAAGUGCCACGGCUGGAGGCACCUGCGGAGACGCAGGCUCUGCCCGUCCCCCUCACUGGGCUCCAGGCCUUCUGGCGCCACCUCCUCAGGGUGCAAGUGGCUGCCCAGCCUUGACUCAGAGAAUCAGGGUGACAGGACACCCCAGGCCUCUGGCCACCGAGGGCUGAGCUCUCGAGCUGCACCAACUGACACAGAAUCUGAGAUAACCUAAUUUUCAACGUCUUGGAAGUUGUCAUGUUAAUAGAGCCCAAAGUGGGUGCAACACACAGCGAUGUAUUUCACUGAACCCACUGCCUCCCUAACCCCGGCCAGCCUGCGCCGCGCGGACGGCACGGCUGCACCCUCCUCCUCGCACGCUGCCCCUGGCUGGCCAGACUCCUCUGUGCCCGGAACCUUGGGAGUCCCCAGCUGCAAAGCAGGAGUCAGAUUGCGUCCUGUGCCUACCUCGGGGGCUCCUGGUGCCUUCCCGCUGUCACGCAGCGACCCGCCUUUGAAAUAAGCAACUUCAGUCUGCCCAUUUGCCUUAGCAGGUCAAGAAAAGGGAUUCAACUGUCUUUUUUCCAAAUAAAAAAUG